CCGUGUUUGUGUGGCGCAAACAGCUGACUUGGCCGCUUUAGGAAAGUAGCCGGACUGACCUCUUUUACAAAGUCGAAAGAAGCACAGUGUUUGGUCACAUCAUGACUACUCCCUCACGAAUCCUGCAUAGCCGAAUAGGCCGCUUGAGGGAAAAGUGAAGCUGGGUUGGAACAGGUGCUUGGGUUCUUAUUUUACCAGUUAGGUAUAUACUUGGAAAUUCGGAAAGUCCCAAAACAUGUGGCAUGCUGCUACAACAGACGACAAUCACCGUAGUAGGUACCAAUCAGACAUGCAUCUGCUGUUGUUGCCUAGCCGGCUUUCAAGCGCAGGCGGUCAAUAUCAACCCCUCAGAAGCAAUAUUGAAUAUCGUCCAAGUACUUAGCAGACUGGCCUCAACACCCUGGUUUACUAUAGACCGUUCCAACCGAAAGUUGUUGCUCUUCUACUCCAUCGUAUACUACCGUUAUGCCUCCCAGAGCAAUAUUCCUCGUAUCAUCCCGAAAUAGCCCGAGCCAGCGUGCCCAUUUCUCAAUCUUCGUUCCGUCAGUCGCUUGUUCCACUAUAGGUACUUCGAUACACGUUGUGGGUGCGCCUAUGAUGGGCUAUCAACUCGAGUUCAAACGGAAUCACUCCCUAUCUUCAAACGCAGAGCCAUAUGAGACGGCAUUGCUUGGAUAUGUCGACUCUCACCAUAUUGCGGACUCCCCAGGAGAGAGGAGUAUGUUCGUAGACCAUGCCCCGAGGGAUGAUCUUGAAAUCGCAGCCAGUCAGAUACCGGCCUCCCGUGUCAGUGAGAAUUUCAUGGCACCUGUUAAUGACACCACCAACAGGAGAUGUCAAGAGUGGACUAUGGAGUUUAUUCGUCAUCUGGUUGUUCGGGGUCUACUUGAGGAGAAAGCGGUUCAGAUUGUCCAAUCGAAACGUGAUUCGCCAGCCCAUGGAUUCGGUUUGCAGCCUUCUGAACGACGCUUAGUCUGAGGGGGAUAUCCAAAGUGAUGCAAGAACAAAGUAUUAAUGGAUGUAUGACUUGGAAAGUCUUGGCUCCUAGCUACCACUAGUGAAGGCAACCCGAGAGACAUUGCUAUCAAACAAAGUCAAUGAAUAUGGGUUGGAAUACUUCGAGUUGAGAUAAAACUAGAAAAAAGCAAAGCAGAUGCCCGGCACUUCCCCAGAAGGGGGUAUGUACUACUGCACUUUGGACUGAGAGCACCUGCCCUUUCCGUUUUGGUUCAGCUCCGUUGGAGCCUUUCAGGC